UGUUGGUGCCUUUUCCUCCACCGUCUGAGGCUGACGCUCCAGCGGAGGACAGAGAUGGCCGCCUUCCCAGGGUCCUGGCUCCUCGGGGGUGCGCUCGCGCUCCUUGUCCUGCAGCUGCGCGGGCUGGAUUCCGCUCGCUUGGACGUGAUCGGGCCCCCGGACCCCAUCCUGGCCGUGGUGGGGGAGGCCGCGGAGCUGCCCUGCCACCUGUCGCCGGCCGCGAGCGCGGCGCACAUGGAGCUGCGGUGGUUCCGGGAGAAGCAGUCGCCCGCGGUGCUGGUUCACCGGGACGGGCGCGCGCAGAACGCGGAGCAGAUGGCCGGCUACCGGGGCAGAGUCGCGCUGGUGCAGGACGACAUCGCGCGGGGCCGCGUGGCCCUGAGGAUCCGCAGGGUCCAGGUCUCGGACGACGGGGAGUACAGGUGCCUCUUCAGGCACAACGACAGCUACGGAGAGGCCAGCGCGCGCCUGAAGGUGGCGGCUCUGGGAUCUGAACCUCACAUCCAUAUUGAUCAAGAGAGUGGGGAGACCCGGCUGGAGUGCACCUCAGGGGGAUGGUACCCAGAGCCCCAGGUGCAGUGGAGAACUUCUGGGGGAGAGACGUUCCCAUCCGUGUCCGAGUCCAGGAAUCCUGAUGAAAAAGGCCUGUUUGCUGUGGUGGCUUCCGUGGUCAUCAGAGACACCUCCGUGAAGAACGUGUCCUGCUGUAUCCAGAACACCCUUCUUGGCCAGAAGAAGGAAGCAGAGAUUCCCAUACCAGCUCCCUUCUUCCCAAGGCUGACUCCCUGGAUGUUGGCUGUGGCUGUCAUCUUGAUGGUCCUAGGAAUCCUCACCAUUGGGUCCAUAUUCUUCACCUGGAGGCUUUACAAGGAAAGAUCCAGACAGAGGAAGAGUGAAUUCAGCUCUACAGAGGAACUCCUGGAACAGCUCAACUGGAAAAAGGCUACAGUGCACGCAGUUGAUGUGACUCUGGAUCCAGACACCGCCCACCCCCACCUCUUCCUGUACGAGGAUUUCAAAUCGGUCCGGCUGGAAGAUUCACGUCAGAAGCUGUCCGAGAAACCAGAGAGAUUUGACUCCUGGCCUUGCGUGUUGGGUCGGGAGGCCUUCACCUCGGGCACACAUUACUGGGAGGUGGAGGUGGGAGACAGGACCGACUGGGCAGUUGGGGUGUGUAGGGAGGACGUGGUGAAGAAAGGGUUUGACCCCAUGACUCCUGAGAAUGGGUUCUGGGCUGUGGAGUUGUAUGGAAAUAGCUACUGGGCCCUUACCCCUCUCCGGACCCCUCUCCCACUGGCAGGACCCCCCCGCCGGGUUGGAGUUUUCCUGGACUAUGAAUCAGGGGACAUCUCUUUCUACAACAUGACUGACGGCUCCCAUAUCUAUUCUUUCCCCAAUAUCUCCUUCUCUGGCGCCCUCCGGCCCUUCUUCUGCCUUUGGUCCUGUGGUAAAAAGCCCCUGACCAUCUGCCGGACCACUGAAGGGCUUGAGGGAGUCACCGUAGUUGCUGAUGUCAAGAACCCUUCUACGGAGAUCCCACUGUCCCCCCUGGGGGAGGCCGUGGCCUCUGGGGACACAGACACCCCCCAUUCUAAACUAAUCCCCGCCCAGCCCAGCCAAGGGGCACCUUAAGGACUAUCCCAGCUCAGCUCUUUCCCUUCACUCUGCCCGCUCCCUGUACCACCCCAAGGCUGCAGCUGUCAGCCUCACCAGCCCCCCUUUCUUCCUGUUGGUCAGGGACCAAUUCGUCCUGGGAAGAUUGUGUUGCUGCUGCUACAGAGUGUGGGAUGUAGGACCUAAUCUGUUUCUGGCCCAGUAUUCAGGGGGCUGGGGCUGACUCUUCCACUGCUCUGGUCUCCUAUCCCUUGAGGCCAAAUACGACAGACAGGGAGGGACAUGAAAGGACCCAGAAGAGACAGCUCAGGGAUGGAGACAGAGUUAGGUUUGCGUGUGGUUAUGACCAACACACCCUGGUUUCCUGAAUAGGGUAUGUGAAGAACGGGUUUUAGGUAAGCAGAAACCGCAAAGCAUCCUGGGAAUGGAAGGCCCAAGGCUGAACUCCCAUAAAGGAAGCUGGAGGGGGACGUCGUGAUGGAGGAAAGUGAGGUGACCCAGGCCUGCCGCUAGCGUUUCAGGGCCUGUUUCACAGGUCUUGCCAGCCAUGUCCUACAGGGUGGAGGGAGCUAGCCCUACCUCUGUGGGGUUCUGAGCAGGUGGCAGUGGGGCACUAGGCGUCACACAGAAGGAGUGACAGAGAAGCUCGAAGUCGUGCGCACGACGGUCACGUGGGCCCUCUUCGCUCUCUGCGCCCACUGUUGCUCCUUUCCUGGGAUAGUUCCAGCCUCACUCUGUGGACUCCACAAGCUUCCUGUUCUCUUCCUCCUCAUGAGCUAGAGUCUCCCCACAUCAGAGGCCUCUCCAGGAACCGCCCCUCAGUGACACCACCACUUCCUCAGCCCAUGUCUCAGCCUCACGCCCCUUUAGCCUUCAUCCCAGCAUUCUGUUUAACCUCCUCAAACACACCUCCAAUUAGCGUCAACUCUCAUGCUCUCCGCCCCUCCCCAGGCAGCCUUCCUGCUAUCUCCUCCUCCUCCUCCACCUCCUCCUCC